UGUGAUGCCAGCCUGGCAGUGCCCAUGGGACUGAGCGCACUGCUAUGGCUCUGAGCAAAGGGCUGAGGAUUCACAUCAAGCAGGAUCCGCUCUGUUACAGCGUCCUGCUGGAGUCCCGCAAUAGGGAGGACUGCCUUCUCUUCGAGUCAGGGACUGUGGCCACUCUGACACCUGAUGAAAAGGAUGCAAUUAAAGGACAAUAUGAGAGGCACCAGGAAGCCCAUGGAUGCUUGGGGGAACUUCAGUUAAAAUCAGGGACCUCUUAUUUGCACUUUCUUGUUUUAGUAAGUGGAUGCACUUCUGUGGGAAAAAUUUUAGAUGCCGAAGUUUUCAAAAUCACAGCUACCGAGUUCUGCCCACUUCAAGAAGAGACCAAAGAGGAGGAACGAGUGACAGCUCUUAGGAAGUUUUUGAAUUCAGGGAUGUUUUAUUUCUCAUGGCCAAAUGCAGGAUCCAACUUUGACCUUACUGUUCGGGCUCAGAAACAAGCUGAUGACAGUAGCUCUGAGCCUUGCAGCUGGUUCUUCUGGAAUAGACUGCUGCAUGUGCCUUUGAAACACUAUCAGGUCAGCUGCUCUGACUGGUUGUUGAAGGUCAUCUGUGGUGGGGUAGAAAUCCGUACUGUCUAUGCCUCCCAUCGGAAAGCCAAAGUUUGCCUUAUCUCUCGUAUCAGCAGCGUCCGUGCUGGUGCCAGGUUCCAAAUCCGUGGAGUAGAUGAUGAUGGACAUGUUUCUAACUUUGUUGAAACGGAGCAGACAAUAUAUGUAGAUGAUAAUGAUGUAUCGUCCUUCAUUCAGAUCAGGGGAUCCGCCCCGUUAUUCUGGGAACAAACAGGGCUACAGGUUGGCUCCCAUCAUCUUAAGCUCACUAGAGGACUGGAGGCCAAUGCACCAGCGUUUGACAGACACAUGAUGCUUUUAAAAGAACAGUAUGGCAAGCAAGUGAUUGUAAAUCUUUUGAGGAGCAAAGGAGGAGAAGAGGUUCUAAGCCGUGCCUUUAAGAAGCUACUAUGGGCAUCUCAGCAUGCAGAAGAUGUGCCAAUGAUUGAUUUUGAUUACCACCAGAUUGUCAAAGGAGGAAAAAUAGAGAAGUUGGAAAACUUGCUAAAACCCCAGUUAAACCUAAACUUGGAAGAGUUUGGGGUGUUUACAAAAGGAGAGAAUCUACCUAAGCGGGUGCAGAAAGGAACCUUUCGAAUAAAUUGUCUAGACUGCUUACAUCGCACCAACGGUGUGCAAGCCUACAUUGCACUUGAGGUUCUGCGAACCCAGCUCGAGAGUCUUGGUUUAGAUGAUAUGAAAUCUGUCAUAGAGCGCUUUGAAGAGUCCUACAAAUCUAUGUGGUCGGUUAAUGGUCAUAACCUGAGCAUGAUAUUCACGGGAAGCAGAGCCCUGGAGGGCAAAGCUAAGGUUGGAAAACUUAAAGAUGGAGCCCGCACAGUGUCCAGGACCAUACAAACAAACUUCUUUGAUGGUGCAAAGCAAGAAGCCAUUGAUCUGCUGCUCAUGGGUGAUUUCUACAACGAUGAAUAUGCAGACAAAGGACGGAUGUUAAUGGACAGUGCUUCUCUUCUUGUGAAUCCCAGUGCGGUAAAAGCGAUGUCCGAAAGGCAAUUUGAGUUCACAAAUUACAAAAAGACUCGUGUGGCCAUGGGCACUUGGAAUGUAAAUGGAGGAAAGCAGUUCCGCAGCAAUAUCCUUAGCACAAGUGAGCUAACAGAUUGGCUACUUGAUGCUCCUAAGCUAUCUGGCCUUCCUGAUUUCCAAGACGAUGAAAACAACCCUCCGGACAUCUUUGCAGUAGGGUUUGAAGAAAUGGUUGAACUGAGUGCCGGAAACAUUGUUAGUGCCAGUACAACAAACAGAAAAAUGUGGGCUGAGCAAAUCCAGAAGGCUUUAUCCCGAUCACAUCGAUACAUAUUAUUGACCUUUGGACAGCUUGUCGGUGUUUGCCUCUUUAUAUUUGUAAGGCCGUACCACAUGCCAUUCAUCAGAGACUUGGCAAUGGACACUGUAAAGACUGGUAUGGGAGGAAAAACUGGCAACAAAGGCGCAGUAGGCAUACGUUUCCAGUUCUACAGUACAAGUUUUUGCUUUAUAUGUAGUCACUUUACUGCUGGGCAGACCCAGGUGAAAGAACGAAAUGAGGAUUACAAAGAAAUCACUCAGAAAUUAAGCUUCCCUAUGGGAAGAAAUGUUUUUUCGCAUGAUUGCAUAUUUUGGUGUGGAGAUUUUAACUAUCGGCUGGACCUUACAUACGAGGAAGUUUUCUAUUUUAUUAAACGUCAGGAUUGGAAGAAAUUACUCGAAUUUGAUCAGCUUCAGAUACAAAAAGCCAAUGGAAAGAUAUUCAAAGACUUCUAUGAAGGUACUAUACACUUUGGGCCAACUUACAAGUAUGACAUUGGAUCAGAGGCUUACGACACAAGUGAAAAGUGUAGAACACCGGCAUGGACAGACAGAGUGUUGUGGUGGAGAAAGAAAUUACCAUUUGAGAAAUCAGCCGGAGACAUUAAUCUUCUAGACAAUGAUUUGGAUUUCAGCACUAGGAUAAAGCACACAUGGACUCCCGGAGCAUUGAUGUAUUAUGGUAGAGCAGAGAUUCCAGCUUCUGAUCACAGACCUGUGCUAGCUAUUGUGGAAGUGGAAGUUCAGGAGGUCGAUGUAAAUUCCAGAGAGAGAGUAUUUCAGGAAAUAUCCUCAUCUCAGGGACCUCUGGAUGCCACUGUGGAAGUUCACAUUGACUCACCAACAGCUGAGGACAAAGCUGAGUUCCCUGAGGACAUUAGCACAGAGCUUGUACAAAGAUUUCAGAGUUAUGGUACUGUUAUACUUGUACGGGUAAUUGGAGGGCAAAUGAUGGUCACAUUUGCAGAUAGCAGGACAGCUUUGCGUGUUCUUGAUCUUAAUGGUUUAAAGGUGAAUGGCAAAACAGUGAAAAUAAGACCAAAGACAGAAGAUUGGCUGCAGGGUCUGCAGGAAGAAAUUGCUCGGAAUAGAGAUAGUGUAGUACUUCUGUCACCUAAUGCCAACUCCUGCCUUCUAGAAGAAAAUUUUGAUUUUUCCAGUCUGGACUAUGAAUCAGAAGGUGAUGUAUUGGAAGAUGACUCUGAUGAUGUUAUGUCUCAGUAUCUAAUGACUGAUAGGUCAGCAGCAAAUGAUGUCAUGUCUCUGGGGAAUGAACAACUGCCCGCAACAAACGCAUCAUCAUCAUCAACUAAAGCCUCUUAUAUGAGUCCUAAGAAGCCUCACUCAUUUAAAGAUGAUGGGGAUUUGAUGGCUCUGAAGAAAGAGCUUAAAAAUGUUGGGGAAGUACGUUCCCGUUCACCAAACAGAUCAUUGUCUGUGCCUAACCGGCCUCGUACACGCCCACCCCAAAGACCUCCACCUCCAAAGAGUAACAUUCCAGCAUCCAUUCCACAACCAUCGAAGCUUCUUCCUGGAGCUCCCCAGCAUCCCCCUCAAGACAAAACUGGGAUAAGCAAACCUUACAAUGUAAAACAAAUUAAAACUACUAAUGCACAAGAAGCAGAGGAAGCUAUUAAAUGGCUGAUGGAUUCCAAAAAAGAAAAACCAGAAGGGGAAAUAAAAACCAGUCUGCAUCGCAACCCAAGUUUCCCAAAAGGAGAACCUAAAUCUGUGUCCAUGAAAGCACCAGAGACGCACUCAACAGAAACAGAAGCUGUAUUGAUACCCCACAGGCCUCCCCCAAAAGUGCCAGGUCCUAAACCAGGUCCUUUGCAACGAACUGGACUCUUAUCAGAACCUUUACUUCAUCCAGAAAAGAAGACAGAGCAACCCCAGCCACCAAGUAAAAAUAACUUGCCACAAGUACCUCCAAAACUGGGGCAUCGUGCUGAAAUAUGCGAUGGUUUAAUACCCUUAAAACCUCCACCAAGAGUUCCUCCCAAACCAAAACAUGAACCAUCAGUGAUUUCACCUGAUCUGGAAAAAAUCUCUGAUAAUAAUCUGUUAUCUGCAUCUGUUAAGAAAAUUGAGGAAUCAGGGAUAAGUGAUUUUGCACAAUCGCAGCCAGCUGAAGAACUGGUGGUAUGUUCAGAGACCCAUCAUCCAAAACAAGCAACUACUGAUGUUGGCUCUACAGUUUCAGGUAAUGCACUUGAGGACAAGCUUAAAUCAGAUCUGAACGGUCAGUCCAUUCAAGCAGCUCUUUCAGCAUCCAGACCAGAGGCACUUAUAGGCACGAUUUGCUCUGCAGACGUAUCAACCAAUACCUUGAUUUCAAAAAAGGAGCACAAAGUAGAAACUGCAGACAUAAGUGAUACUCCUAGAAUGUAUCCUAUACCCAAACCAAGGACAAUACUGCCUCCUCAAACUGCAAAAACUCAAGAAACUAAACAAGGUGACAAGAUUCUUUCUCCCACCAAAAAUAAUUGCACAUCUGAAUGUAGUUCAUUUACCCCAGCAGUGCCUCCACGGAGAAAAAAGUCUGCUCCUGCAGCUUUCCACCUUCAGGUGUUACAAAGCAACAAAAGUUUGUUUCAGGAUGUCAUGUCUUCAAAUACCAAUAACAACAACAGUCGUAGUGAAGGAUGCCUAAUAGACAUGGAUUUUCCUGAGAUUGUAAGCACAAAAGAUGACAGUGAUCUCCCAACCGGCCACAAUAAACCACUACAGCCAGAAAGAAGCUGGUCUUCUAAGGAAUUGGAUCUUCUAGAUUUUGAUGAUAACAAAUUAGUUCAGUCCUCAAAUGAUGGUAUGACUUCUGAACAGUUUACUGACAAUUGGCUUAUGGGCCAAGAUGAGGAAAAAAGUGAAACUACUAUUUUCAAGAGCAAUUGCGAUUCUCCUUAGUGAAUACAAGUGUGUAUUUAAUGUAAUGCUGGCCAUACCCUAAGAGAGAUCUAUAAUAUAUGCGCCGUUA